AUGGACGAAUACUACCACCAAGAAGAAGGAGGCAUCGUUUCCGAGCCUCCCGGACCACCACCCAACUACGACGCCCUACUCGAAUCUCCCACCCUCCGCCGCCGCUUCAACAUCCAACCGCGCGAAGAUGAAGGACGGGAGGUCCUCCCGCCGUACUCGUGCGAGAUCAGCGUGCAGAGCGUGUUCUUGAGGAAGAUGGAGCUGGAAGGCGCGGUGCACAAGGCGAGCGAUCGGAAUUGGUAUAAGGUGCUGGUGACGUUGCAGGGGACGGCAUUGUCGUUCCAUAAGUAUCAGAAGCCGGGUAUGUUCUCGUCGUCGUCGGCGAGGGAUGCGAGUGGGAGGAAGAUUGGGGGGCCGGAUUUUCCGUCCGGGGUGAAGCGGGGCUUGUUCUUGAGGAGUUAUAAUCUUCAGCAUGCGGAUGUGGGGAUUGCUGCUGAUUAUCUGAAGAAACGCUACGUGAUCCGUGUCCGAGCAGAAGGAGACCAAUUCCUCCUCUCCUGCCACAAAAUAGAAACCGUCGUCCUAUGGCUCCAAUCCCUCUUCGCAGCCAUCGACCUCGCCCCGCCACUAGACGAUCGAGAAAUUCCCCGCGAUCUCAGCAUACCCCGCCGUACCCGACGUCGCCUCGUAGCAAGAGGAGGCUUCAGUGCAACUCCCGCCAACACAGCUCUAGUUCGAGAACAGGAGGAAAUAAUAUCUACACAAUUCCCCCGCCUGGCUGAAUCGGUCUCCCCACCGUCCUCCUCUUCAACACCAUCCCUCACGCCCAGCCGCACAAAUUCAAGUCCAACACCGACCUCUUCCUCCGCGACCCCUAUCUCCAUCUCAUCCCCCAUCUCCUCGUCCCCUCCAACUCCAACACCAACAGCCAGAACAUCCCUCCUCCACCGCGCCCGCCACGCCAUCCAAUUCCCCACCUCCACAUCCUCACACUCCUCCAGCACGCACCAACCGCCCAACCCAAACCUAACCAGCGACGGCAAGUGGCGGCCCCAGCACCAGUGGACGCACUUCUACGACAUGAUGUACGCGAAGCGCUGCAUGGCCGUGCUGACGCAGCGGAGUCCGCGGAAGAGUAAUUUGGUCAUUAUGAAGGGGAAGCGAUGGAUGGUGGAUUGGGCGACGGGGAAGUUGGAGAGAUGCGAGCCGCCGGAUUAUGGGGAGGCAACUGUUGGGAGGGAGGGGGUGGGGAUGAGGGAUGUGAGGGUUGGUUGA